CCUUAUCCAUGCCCAUAGGCUUCUCCCCACCCUCUCUCACUCGAAGCACAUAUAGAGAAGAUCGAAGCACUCAACCACCGAGGAGCAUCACAUAAAUCAUGGCAACCUCCGCCAUCCAACAGUCAGCAUUCGCCGGCCAGACCGCCUUGAAGCAGUCCAAUGAGCUCGUCCGCAAGGCCGGCAGCUUUGGUGGUGGCCGUGCCACCAUGAGGCGCACGAUCAAAAGUGCUCCACAGAGCAUAUGGUAUGGUCCAGACCGCCCCAAGUACUUGGGACCAUUCUCCGAACAAACCCCAUCAUACCUGACCGGUGAAUUCCCCGGUGACUAUGGCUGGGACACUGCCGGCUUGUCAGCUGACCCCGAGACAUUUGCCAGGAACCGUGAGCUAGAGGUGAUCCACAGUCGAUGGGCCAUGCUCGGAGCUCUGGGAUGCGUCUUCCCGGAGCUACUCUCGAAGAACGGUGUCAAGUUCGGCGAGGCCGUCUGGUUCAAGGCCGGUGCUCAGAUCUUCUCCGAGGGCGGCCUUGACUAUCUCGGCAACCCGAACUUGAUUCAUGCACAGAGCAUCCUGGCAAUCUGGGCCGUUCAGGUUGUGCUCAUGGGAUUCAUCGAAGGGUACAGGGUUGGCGGAGGACCGCUCGGUGAAGGACUCGACCCAAUUUACCCGGGUGGUUCCUUUGACCCGCUUGGACUGGCUGAUGAUCCUGAAGCAUUUGCAGAGUUGAAGGUGAAGGAACUGAAGAACGGGCGGCUGGCAAUGUUCUCCAUGUUCGGUUUCUUCGUUCAGGCAAUUGUCACCGGAAAGGGCCCCAUUGAGAACCUCUUCGACCACGUUGCUGACCCGGUGGCCAACAAUGCAUGGGCUUACGCCACUAACUUCGUCCCCGGAAAAUGAAGAGACCUAAACAGAUAAUUAAAUGUGUCUUCAUCUGUAACACUACUCAAUCUUCUUGCCUUCGCUGCAUGUUGAAGUUCUUGCUAUAUAUAUUCCACCUGUACUGAUGAAAUAUUACUAGUAAAAACUGCUUCAACUUA